CACGUGGAUAUGGAUAUUACCACGGCAACAGACGAGGCUGUUUAUCGUGUGCGCCAUGGAUGUAUGCUAUCACAUUAGCAUGACUGUUAUUCUGAAUCCCAUUGCAAAUUAAAGCACUUAUUGGGGGGGAAUGUGGAAAUGUGUCUGCUUCUUGGAGCGACUGGUGUUGGAAAAACGCUGCUGGUGAAACGUCUCCAAAAUAUCCUUUAAUUGGUCAGUCUUACGGUAUAACAAGCGAACUACAUAAUGUGCGUGACUCGUUUGUGUACAUUUCCGACCCGUCUACCCCAACGUUAGGUCAGGUCUUGUUGUUAUUCCUAACCCGUUACAUCUACAGCUCACUUUACGCGAUGGAUCGAGUGAAAUGGGAGAACCACCCGUUACUCUGCCGACUGUCGGCACCAAUCUCACAGAUUUGACGCUGAAGAGAAAAAAGGUUACAGUGAGAGAGCUGGGAGGCUGCAUGGGCCCCAUCUGGUCCAGUUACUUCACUGACUGCUCCAGUGUUAUAUUCAUGGUGGACUCCGCCAACAUAUUCCAGAUAUCAGCAUCCUGUAUCCAGCUGUUGUCGGUUCUUUCGGCGGAGCCUCUACAUGCUGCCUCCGUACUGGUUAUUUUCAACAAAAGGGACUUGCCUUGUACUAUGAGUCUAGUCGAAAUGAAGUCACUGUUCAGAAUGGAUGACAUCAUUGCAUCUGCCCCUCAGCCCGUAACGACACUGGAAGUCAGCGCCCGCUCUGGCCAAGGACUGAAAGAGGUGCUCAGCUGGCUGGACUCAAACACAUCAAAAUGACCUCAUCAGGCAUUAUUUAAAUCCAUCAUAAUUGACAAACACCUUUUAUGGAGACAGGAAGUGAUGUAACUGGUGCUCGUUCUUCCAGAGGAAUUGAUCAACACCCCCACAAAGAAUAAUUUCGCACAUUGACACACAAGAAAUGACAGAUAAAAAUGAGAUUAUUCCUCACAUAUUGUUUUUGUUCAAAUGGGAGGCUGUGCAGAAAUGAUCAAUUGUGAAACAGAAAAUGAACAAUAUGAUGAUACUCUUUUCUGUAUUAAGCAUUCAUUCAUACAUACAUACCAUUUUUUUGUGUAUCAGAAACAAAUGAUUAGAUUAUUUAUUUUUUCAUAUUGUUAAACAGCUCUUUAUCUGUUCAAAGAUAACUUAAGUAGUCUUUAAAUCAUAACUGUUGUUUAAUGUGUAUAAUACUUUACAUUGUUCUUUGUUAUAAAUAACUGAGCUAUCGAUGCUGAGCUGUAUUUUGAGCUUUACUGCCUAAGAUAUAUAACACAUUUGAACAAUAUAAUACAUUUGCCGACAUGGGAUUUAUUAAUAAUGGUAGUAAAGGGAGGUGGAGUUAAGAAUCGAGUUAAGGUUACGCAAUUGAAUACGAUAAGCUCCUUUCUGUAUGAUUGUUACUAGUUUAUUACAUUCAUUUUUCGUAUAUAAUUUUGUCCAUUUUGUCGGUUUUGUUGAUAUGAAUGCUACCCCUCAGCCUAAUGCAUACCAAAAACAAUAAUGUGUACUAGUGUAAAAUAAUAAUUAAUAUUCUAUUAUCUAUAAAGUACCUAGCUGAUUCCUAUAUCUAAACUAAAGUUUAGCAAAACUGAUGACUGUGAAAUCAACGUUUCAAUAAAAUGUGUUGAAGGGGACUGAUAAAGUCGCUGAAGCUGUCUCCACCAGGGGGCGUAAUGUACUUGGCACAACCAAAACAUGGCGCUGAGUGCAAAAUGAAGCAAACAUGAUGAACAAAUAAGAAGCAGCAAAAUAAAACAACGACUAAUUACAAGGUGGUAAUCAUACCCUUAUAUUUGAUAUCAAUUGUUGUCAAGGAAUGAACAGUGAGUCAUCACAUUAAAACGGUCCUUUCCCAAAUUCCAUCCCAUUGUGUGAAUCCAUGGUAACUCACUCUCGUAUUAAGAUUUACCAAAAGCAUCUUGACCAACACCAGCUCCAUCGAAGUUAAUGUUGAAAUUAAAGUACAUAAACGACAAACUGUGUGUUACUAGCUGGUUGCGAUGGCAGGUGCUGUAACAUUCACCCAUCUUCUAAUAUCUUCCCUGACCAAGGCUCAAGAAACGUUAAAGCAGCUCUCCUUUGUUUUCAAUUCAAAUGAUGCA